AGAGGAGAAGAAACCCAGGAGAGGACUGCAGGAGUAGAGGAAGGAAAAGUAGAGGAGAGAGAGGACAUCAGGGAGAAGGAGGGUGGAAGCAGAACAACAGAACAGAUUCUGUUACAAGAAUGUUAUCCAACUAGCAACUGAUAACAGACACUAUUCUUGCUGAAACAACUUUUUUUUGGCAGGGGAAGAAAAUAGGAAGGAAUGCCCUUGCUUCUUUGGAUUGGGCUUUGGGGCCUCAUCCAGCUGUCAGGAAGUGACCAGGUUUCUUCUGUUUCGACAAAUUGUUCAGAAACAAAAGAGGACUUCCUUCUUCCUUCAGCUAACAGGACCAUAUGUGGAAGAGGCCAGCAUCUAAGAAGUGGUGGUUUGAAUAUGACUGUACUGAACACAACACUUCUUCCCACUGAAUAUUUGCAAGUUUUAGAAAAUAUUCCCUGUCCAUCUGAGCACACAAAGAGCUUUCUGACAUGCUUAUUACAAGAUCGUAUGAUUGCUCGUUUCAUUAUCUUCAUUUUCAUGCUUUGGCUUUUUGGGAACAGAACCAUCUUCUUCUUUCUCCUUUUCCGUAUUAGAAAGACUUCCUUCACUGUCUACAUCUGGAAUUUAGCUGUAGCUGAUUUUGGUGCCCUGUUAGUUCUGUGCAGUAUCUUCAUAUUCUUUUGCACUUGUGAGGAUUCGAGUGAUGCUCUUGUUAAAUUGCUCCUGUUACUGGCAUACCUAUUUUUCUUCAUGCAAGGUACUAGCAUGCAUUUCCUAAUGUCCAUCAUUAUUGAUUGGUUCUUGGUUGGCCUCUUCCCUAUUUGGCCCCGACGUCACAGUCCAAAAUAUUUGUCUGUUCUCCUAUCUGCUAUUGUGUCUGCUCUUCUCUGGGCUCUGUCUUGCUGGCUGUUACUGUUUUUCAAUUUGGGGCUUGACCCGCAGUCAAUCAUUAUCCUCACCUUAAUGAUCUUUGCUCCGCUAAUGGUCAUCUCCACCCAGACACUGGUCAUCAAGAUCUGGCGCAACUUAGGUGAGCAGGGAGAACCUUGCACAGAAAUUUUGCUCGGGAUGUUUUUCUCCCUUGUCACUUGGGCUCCCCUGAAUUUGUUCUUUGCCUUGCACCGUGAUUUUGCAACCAUCUCCUCAUUGGCUUUCGUGUUCACUUCUCUGAGUGGCACCAUCAACCCAGUACUUUACAUUCUCAUUGGGCAAACACUUCUUUCUGAUUCGGGAAGUCUCAUGUUGUACUCUAGGUGGGUUCCAAGGAGGGGAGGGGAAAUCCACUAAGCAAAUGAGAGACUUGCCAUUUUGAGGUGGGGAUGAAUAAUGGUGAGGAACUCUGUGCAACAGAUACCCCCCCCCUUUUUUUUUAGAAGAAAGGAAGUCUGUAUUGGUUCUUAAGGUCUUGAUGGGUUAAAGCUAUACCAAGAUGAAUAAAGUGUGCCUAAAGAAUAUUUACUUGAUAAAUAAAAACUACUGUAUGGCAUGCACCUUGCUUCACUUAUUUAGAAGAUACCUUGGAAUGGAUGAUAGUCCUAAUUUGGAACUGGAUCAGCCCUUCCUCUGCUUAGCUCAAAGGCAGGAACCUUUGAUUCAAGUAAAGAAUCCAUGGCCCCCAUGUACUAUCAGAGCCCCCAAGAAAUGACACAGAGACUUCAGAGAGAAGUCAACCUAUGUUUGACAAAGAGAAAAAAGCAUGCCCAAUACCUGUACCUA